AUGCCGGCGUCGCGCCUCACCGCCGUCCCACGUGUCGCCGCCGGCGCUGACGAAGAGGGGAGAGAGCAAGAAGCAGAGUUGAUCGAUGAAAUUGUGGAAGCAAUCUUUUCAAAUUUGAAUAACAAUUGCUAUAGAGAUGAACUCAAAAGUCCCUUUAUUUGUAACAGAAACUAUACUUCUGUUAAAUCCUUAUUGAGAUUCAAGUCGGAGAAAGUUUUUGUGAUUGGAAUUUGGGGUAUGCCUGGAAUUGGCAAGACAACAAUUGCUACUACUCUUUUUCACGAGUGCUCCUCAGAAUACGAAGGUCAUUGCUUCUUAGCUUUUUCAAAAAAUUUAGAAGAAAAAGGUAUUAAUCACAUAUGUGCUAAACUUCUUUCUCAAUUGUUAAAUCAAGAUCUUCGUAUCGAUAAUAUUCGAGUAAUACACUCUAGUAUUAUCCGUAAAAUCAAGCAUAGGAAGGUUUUUGUUGUGCUAGAUGAUGUGACUAAUUCACAAAUUGCAGCUGAUUUAAUUCAAUUCUUUCGUAGUUGUCUGAGUUCUGGUAGUAAAAUUAUUUUGACAACAAGGGAUAGAAAUGUGCUUACAAGUGGAGGAGUCGAAGAAAUCCAUGAAGUGAAGGAAAUGAAUUUUGAGGACUCUCUUAAACUUUUUAGCCAUAAUGCCUUUCGUGAUUCUCAUCCUAAAGAGGAUUAUUAUGAGCUAUCAACAAGAGUCGUAGCAGAUUAUGCCAAAGGAAUACCAUUAGCAUUAAAAAUUUUGAGAUCAUUUCUUCGAACCAAAGAAGAAAGUGAAUGGGAUAGUGCAUUGAGUAAACUAAGAAAGUAUCCUAAUGCUGAUAUUCAGCAAGUGUUGAGGUUGAGUUACAAUGUAUUAGAUGGUGAUAAAAAAACAUCCUUUUAG